GAGUACGGACCUACGACAAUUGCUACCAAAUCAAGACCAAGCCACUGUGCAAUCGUGCAAAAUUGGAUGAGGUAGAGUUGUGGCACCAAAAGCUUGGGCAUGUGAACUACAAUAUGAUGGACAAGUUGGUAAGACUAGAUGCUGUUCGAGGUAAAAAUGCUGAGGAGGAUGCUCAGAUUCUAUUGGAAUUUCCGCAAUCUGCUGCUGAUAAUGCUGUCUCUGAUGCUGUUCCUGAUGUUGUCCCAAAUGUCGUCCCAGGUGUCAUGACACUUGACACAACACCUGAUGCGACACGUAUUUCCGACGAAAAGAAUACCACUCCAAAGACCCCAAUAUGA